AUGAAGCUAUCUGCUCUGGCAAAGGUUUGCCAGUGUGGCAGAAAGGGCACAAUAAAGGUUUACGGAGGUGGGUUGCUGGGGACCAGCCGUGACCUCGGUGAACGGCGGAACGGGCUGGAACAGGCCGAAUGGCCUCCACCUGCUCCGAAGAUUGAGUUGAAGAGCUCAGAUUUCAUAGAACUGAUCAAAUCGACAGAAAGAAUGAGCAACGUGGCGCUGAGGGCACAUUCGGAGGCUUACGACUUAGUCUACUUCCAUCCUGAAACCUACGAGGCGUGCUGUAUGGCUGUGGGCUGUGUGCUGAACAUGGUGGACGGUUUGAUGAAGGGUGACAUCAGGAACGGCCUGGCUGUUGUCAGACCCCCGGGACACCACGCUGACGAGGACACGGCCAACACUUACUGUAUCUUCAACACUCUCGCCAUCGCCGCCACUUACGCCAGGAGGGUGCACGGUGCGGAGCGGUGA